GAGAAAAUCUCAGAUCCAAUCGAAUCGAGCAAGAGGAGAAUAAGGGGGAAGAAGGAGAAAGCCAGCAAGCAAUGGCGGGGAUAAUCCACAAGAUCGAGGAGAAGCUCCACGGCGGCGAUAAACACAAGGAGGAGGAGAAACACCACGCCGAAGCUCAGCAUCACUCCGGCGACGCCCACCAUAAAGAGGGGGAGAAGCACAAGGAGGGCAUCGUGGAGAAGAUCAAGGAUAAGAUCCAUGGCGGUGAGAAGGAGGAGAAGAUCCAUAGCAGUGAGAAGAAGGAGAAGGUGAAGAAGGACAAAAAGAAGAAGAAGGAGAGCAAGCACGGCGAGCACCACGGCCAUGAAAGCAGCAGCAGCAGCGAUAGCGAUUAGGUAUCCCCAGGUAUUUCUUUUUGUGUCGAUUUGCAAGAGAUGAGAAGGAUUGGGGCAGGAAAUAGGGAGUAAUGUAUCUGCGAUGUUUGUGUGUUUUUAGUACUCUGUUAUGUGAUGAAGUAUUUGAUGUUGUCUUUACUAUGAGCUUUCUGAGGAUCUAUCCAUCUAUCUAUCUAUCUUCUACUGGAAAAAGUCUAA